AUGAUUCAAAACUUCAAUCAAACUUGCUGGGGCAAUAAUGGACUGAUGACUCGAUUGCUUCAACUCUUAUGUAAUGCAACAAAGACAAGCGAAAUGAUCGAAAAAGGAAAUUGUCAUGGUUUCAAUGCGCUGCCAAUUGACGUUUUCUAUCCCAUAAGAGUAAUUAAAUUUCCAAAAUUAUUUCUAAAUUCAACUGUGAAAGCUGCAAUGGAGAGCAUGAAAUACUCUUACUUUAUUCAUACAUGGAGCGCUGUAUCGAAGAAAUUUCUAUGA